UAUAUUCUUAGAAUUUUUUAGAAUUCUACAAUGAGUUUUCCCUCUAGCUUCAACUUUAGUCAAAACAUCUCCGCAGAAGACGAAGACGACUUCUUGACAUCGCUGGAAAAGAAGAACUUAUGGCCGCUGCUUCUGUUAUUGCUGUGCACAAUGGUUGUUUUCGGGAAUGUUCUUGUUAUUCUCUCUGUGGCGAAGGAGAGAGCGCUACAAAAUAUAACAAACUACUUUAUUGUCUCCUUGGCUGUAGCUGAUCUUAUGGUGGCCGGUAUAGUUAUGCCGUUCUAUACAUACACCUUGGUAAACUGGGGAGUGUGGGCCCUGCCAGUUGGGAUUUGCGACUUCUACAUUGCUAUGGAUGUUGUCUGCAGUACAUCUAGUAUAUUCAACCUUGUAGCCAUCAGUCUAGACAGAUUCUGCGCCGUGACAUCUCCCAUUAGCUACAGUCAGCACAGAAAAAACACAGGAAGAGCCUACCUAGUGAUUACAAUCUGCUGGGCAGCAUCCUUAGCUAUAGGAUCCCCUAUACUUCUGGGCAUAAACCAGCGCGAGAGCGUGGAGAACAAUCAGAAUAUGACUGAGUUGAACUCCACUGAUGCUCUGCACCCUGAAGAGGAAGCACCGUUUGUCUGUGCGUUCUACAACCCUGAUUACAUCAUAUACUCAGGGAUUGGUUCUUUCUACAUUCCAUGCUUUGUCAUGAUCAUUCUCUACUUCAGAAUAUUCAAGACAUUGCAUGAUCGUGGUAAGAUGAAAGAAUUAAAGAAACGUCUGAAGUGUAAUAAUUCUCAUAAUGAAAAUAUCAAGGAAAGCACUUUCAUAGUCAAGCAAGCAGAUUACCCUAAAGCCCCAGGAACAGAAAAUAAGGGAGUUGAGGAGCAAGAUGCAGAUGUUAAGGAAAUUAUAUUACCAGUAGCAUCCAGUUCCCAAGAAUCAAGGAAGGUUUGCUGUCAGUGCUCUCAAGUUAUUACGGAGAAGAAGAAGAAUUUAAAGAAACAGAAGAAGAAAAAGAAGAAAAAAGAUAAAUCUGCACAGAGGAAGGAAAAGAAAGCUACCAAAACUUUAGCAAUAGUUCUAGUUUGCUUCCUGGUGUGCUGGACACCGUUCUUCCUGUGCAGUCUGUUGGACGCUCUCAGCAUGAAGUUCAACUUGAACACAAGUCCAGGGGAGGUCGCCUUCUUCGCUACAACUCUCCUAGGAUAUAUCAAUUCCUGCGUUAAUCCAAUAAUCUACACAAUUUUCAAUCCAGAGUUUAGAAAAGCCUUCAAAAGAGUUCUUGGACUAGGCCACUAGACAAACCUCUAGGCCACUAGACAAACCUCUAGGCCACUAGACAAACCUCUAGGCCUCUAUACAAACCUCUAGGCCUCUACACAAACCUCUAGGCCUCUAGACAAACCUCUAGGCCACUAGACAAACCUCUAAGACAAUAUGUGGAAGAGUUACAAAGUACACAAGAGAGUCCUGGACACAAAAAUAGUGGAUACAUAUACCUAGGAUACAAAAGUACAAGAGUUAUUUGCUUAGGAUGAAAAGUUCCAGAUUUUAAGUCUAUGUACUUGAGCUUUAGAUAACUGAACAAUGUGUUGGUAAAUCUUCUUCCUCUGAUUAAAGUGAACAAUUAAAAACUUGAUAGAAAUUUACUAAAUUAUGAACAUUUUGUUAAAUAUUUCUAAAAAGUAUGUUUUGUAUAUUUAUU